AUUGGCAAUGGCAGCAAGUAACAUUGAAGUGGAAGAAAAUUUGGUCGCGUUUUGGGGUCGCCGGAAAACAUGAAGCUGAAGCAGUUAGAAGGCCUCCUUGGUGGUUUAGACCAGUUUCCUCACCCAAAGGUGGAGCUUGAACAGUACCCAACGGGACCCCACAUCGCUUCUCGAAUGCUUUUCACUGCAGAGAAUUCUUUUGGGGAUGUGAGCAACAAAGUAGUGGCUGACUUUGGAUGUGGCUGUGGUACAUUAGGUGUUGCAGCUUCUCUUUUGAGUGCAGAGCAUGUUCUUGGCAUUGACAUUGAUCCAGAAUCUCUUGAAAUAGCAUCUCUUAAUGCUGAGGAACUUGAGCUGGACAUGGAUUUUAUUCAGUCUAAUGUCUUGGACUUGGGAUGGAGAGGUCCAAUUGUUGAUACAGUUAUAAUGAAUCCUCCAUUUGGGACCCGGAAAAAAGGUGCAGAUUUGGAUUUUCUCUUAGUUGCUUUGAAGGUUGCUUCUGGAGCUGUUUAUUCCUUGCAUAAGACGUCAACAAGAGAUCAUGUGAAACGAGCAGCCUUAAGGGAUCUCAAUGCUAGCAGUGCUGAAGUUCUAUGUGAGCUUCGAUUUGAUGUGCCAAAACUGUACAAAUUUCAUAAGAAGAAGGAGGUAGAUAUUGCUGUGGAUCUCUGGCGAUUUACACCUGCAAUUCAUGAAAGCAGAGGUGUUUAGUGCAGAUAAGGAUGGUGUGUAUUGCAAUAGAUGAUAAGAUUGCAAAUGAAAGAAGAAUUUUGUUGUGUACCUAUAAAAGAAAUUCAUAUUUGUUUAAAUAUUUCCUCUCUCUCUCUCUCUCUCUCUCUCUCUCUCUCUCUCUCACACACACACACACACACACACACACACACACACACACACUGUUAC